AUGACGACUGCAGCGCUGCCGAAACGGAUCAUCAAGGAGACGGAGCGUCUAAUGACUGAGCCUGUUCCUGGUAUCAGCGCGGUGCCCCACGAUGACAACCUCCGAUACUUCGACGUCGAGAUCCAUGGCCCUUCAGGAUCACCAUACGAAGGAGGCGUAUUCAAGCUGGAGCUCUUCCUGACAGACGACUACCCGAUGGUGCCUCCGAAGAUCCGUUUCCUCACCAAGAUCUACCACCCAAACGUCGACAAGCUGGGCCGCAUCUGUCUCGACGUGCUCAAGAACAACUGGUCCCCAGCGCUUCAGAUUCGAACCAUCCUGCUAUCGAUCCAAGCACUCCUGGGCGCUCCCAACCCUGACGACCCGCUGGCAGCUGAUGUCGCUAAGAGCUGGAAGGAGGACGAGAACAAGGCUAUCGCAACGGCCAAGGAGUGGACCAAGAAUUACGCUACGCCGUGA